AUGAUUUCUAUGAACUACUUAAACAGCUUAGAUAAAAAACUAAUAAAUUAGAUUAGCGAGGGAUUGAAAGUAAAUUUUGCUUGUCAUUAUCAGGAAAUUAAGAAAGAAAUACUUCAUAAGAUAGACUUGAUAGCGUGCGAAAUAUCAAAAACAUCUAAGUGA